AUGCAGUUUUCGGCAGAAAAUAGCCAACUGCUUCAGAGUCUAGUGGCUGUGAUACGUAGCGCGAGCCAGCUGAAUGCUCAAGAUGUUGGCUUCAUACGCACUCUCGAUCGAAAGCUCAAGAAUUCGAGCGUUGAACAAUCUCAAAGACUACUAACUCUGAUCAAGAGGCUCAUUACGAGCGCUACAGGUGAAGAGGUUCAACUGUCCAAUGUAGCCGAUCUCACCUCCAAGUGGAACGCCGUCGACAGGGCAUUUGAUGUACUUUUAGACAAAGCUUCUUAUGCGCUUUCAGGUGAAUCAGACUCCCGUCAAUCAACUCCUGUUCCGUCGGACGUCCAAACCCAUGAAAAAUCUUUGGCCAAACCCCAGGAAAGUUUUGCACACGACGUCGAUAACUCCCCAGGACCUUUUAAACCAAAACUUAUAAGCAAACCACAUGCAAUUGUUGGUUUGGAGGAAUCUACCCAGCUAAAAGCGCCAGAUUCUGAGCACCCCAAGGAAUGGUAUGAUCAGCCUUACAAAACCGAGAUUGAGAAGGUACAAUAUCCAAAAGAGGUCUAUGAAAGCCGAGAACCAACAAUGUUCCGAAAAUGGAGCGAGACGCCGUUAUCGUUCGUGGAUACCCCCAAGCAGGUCAAGAAAAUGGUGUCUAAGCUUGCCAAAUGCUCUGCUAUUGCCGUUGAUCUCGAACACCACGAUUUACGCAGUUACAUGGGUCUGCUCUGCUUGAUGCAAAUAAGCACGGAAAAAGAAGACUUUAUUGUCGAUACCCUCAAACUACGCACGGAACUGCAGGUUUUGAACGAGGUGUUUUGCAACCCCAACAUUGUAAAGGUGUUCCACGGCGCCUAUAUGGAUAUACAAUGGUUGCAGCGUGAUUUGGGCGUUUACGUUGUGAAUCUUUUCGAUACAUAUCAUGCAUCGCGUGCUUUAGGUCUCGUAAAGCACAGUCUUGCCUUUUUGCUGCAAAAAUACGCCGAUUUUGAGCCCUCGAAACAGUACCAACGGGCUGACUGGCGGGUACGGCCGUUGAGCCAAGAACUAAUCGAUUACGCCCGUGCCGAUACACAUUUCUUGCUCUAUAUUUAUGAUAACCUGCGCAAUGAGCUUUUACAGUCUGGCAAGCUUGAGGAUGUAUUGCGUGAUUCCCGUUUAACUGCUGCAAAACGCUACGAGAAACCAGGUCAAGGCUCAGAGCCAGGAUGGCUCAAACUUGCUGUAACAAAUUCCCUCAAUCCCCAGCAGGCCGGUGUCAUGGCUAAACUAUAUGAAUGGCGCGAUGCAGAAGGUCGCAAGGCUGACGAGUCUCCAAAUUAUAUCAUGUCUAACGCUAUUCUUAUAAGCCUGUCCGCUCUCCACCCUACAUCCCCUUCAGGAGUGAUAAAUAUUGGAAGUCGUGUUCCUCCUCGGGUUCGUAAUGAUGCACAGGCGAUCGCUGAUGUGAUUGCAGAUGCUUUGAACCACCCCAUCGAUAUUCUUGCCUUUGCUCCUACGCCUGACCCCCAACUUGACCUGUUUUCCGAAAAAGCACUCAACGAGGUCAAGAAGCUGCGCAUGGCCAAACCACUUAUCUAUUCCGAGGCUGAUCGUGAGACAAAACAGCCUCCCACUGUAUAUCUCGGCGUUCUUAAAAUCGCUGAUUUGCCCAAUUCUACAAAGGAAGAGGCCGAUAGCGCAUCGGAAGAGGUACCCGAGGUGGAUGAAUCAAAGUCCUCAGUAGAGUCCGAAUCCGAGUCGGUCUCUGAGACAGAGGUUUUAGUCGCACCAAAGUCCCGGAAACGCAAAAUUCAGGUUGUUAAAAAUCUUAGUGAAGUCAACUUGCAACCAAACUCAUCUAAUCGUCACAAACUUGAGGAUCAGGAAGCGUUUGACUUUGAAUCUGCUGAACCUAUUACUCAAGAACGCAAAACUCCGGCAUUCAGGCCAUUUAGAGGAAAAGAUAAUGGACCUAGAGGUGCCCGUGGUCCCCGCAGGGUCGCUCAAGGGCGCUCUAAGACAUUUAAGAAGUAG